AUGCCGUACAUUCCGCCCUCCGGCACGCAUCGGGCUGCUGCCCGGGCAAACGUGGGCGCGGGCUCGCCCGUGAAGCCAGCUGCCCGCUCCCCCCUGGCCUCGCCCGUGAAGCAGGCGGCGUCGUCUCCGAAGUCGGGCAAGGCGAGGGCCCCCUCGCCGUCGCUGGUGUCGACCCAGGCCGCCAGCCCGAGCUUCUCCACGAUCUUCGCCUCGAAGCCUUCUUCUCCAGGGAGGGCGCUGGGCAAGCUGGAGAUCAUCGAGAAGUACAGGGAGGCUGCCCGCCAGAAGGCGGCGAAGCCCGUCGACCUGAGCCACCAGACGAAGCCCGUCGACCUGAGCCGCCAGCCGACCUUUGAGGAGGCGCCUGCACCGGCAGCCCCCCCGCCGCCGACCCGCCAGGAGCUCGCUGCCGCCGAGAGGGAGCGCGUGGCCGAGAGAAAUCGCCUGGCCGAGCAGAGCCGACUGAAUAGGAUACGGAGCAGCCCCAAGUACACGCAGGCUCGGCAGACGGACACCCUCGAGACGAACCCGUCGUUCGUCGAUAUGGAGGCCGCCUGGCACAGGUACGCCGCGAGGUGGGACACCCUCCGGGACAGGCAGGACCAGCAACUUGAUGGCCGAACGCCCGUUCACCCAGACGAUUCCGCACGGCAACGAAGCGUGUCCCAGCCUCCGUCGCCAGCGACUUCGUCGUCGAGGUUGUGCGGCAACACCCCCCCGACUACGCCGGGGCGCCCGCCCGCGGUCGCCUCGGGGCCCGGCGCGGAGAAGAGCUGGCCCAGCAACGGCUGCGGCAAGCUGUGCGGCAGGGCUCCUGGGUCGUCCGUCGGCCAGGCCGUCUUCGGGCAGGCGCCGGCCGUGCGCUCCGAGCGCGUGAUGCCUGGCACCCUGGACCCCGGCAUCGGCGACGUCGCGACGGCUGGCGUCAGCACGGACUUCCUGCACACCGGCACGGGGAUAGGGAGCCCCAUCAUCUCCGGCGGCGGGUGCUCCCUGGGAGAGGAGGAGCAGCCCCACAAGCUCUGGGGGAGCAAGAGCAAGAGGCACGUGGAGAAGCCCCGCGCGAACGCGUGGGAGGGCAUGCAGCUCAGCGCGCGGGGGGAGCACGGCACCGCUCGCUCAUCGGCGCUGAUGCCCCAGGCGCGGUCUGGUCGGCCAGAGCUGGCUCCUCGAGGGGCGCGUCAGCGCGGGGCAAGAGGUGCCUGGGCAGCGCCGUGGACACCUCGGAGAGGCUCUGCUUCAGCGAGCCCGUCAGUCCCAGGGACGGCUGCUCGUCCACGGGCGCUGGGGGCGUGGAGCUCUGGCGCUGCGGGCACCCUCUCCUGGAGGGAGCGGCGCGAGCGGCCUCUUCCGGGGCACACCUUCUCGCCGAAGAAGUGCCCUGCGGCUGGAGGUUCUCCUGACAACAUCCCCCGAGGCCAGGACGAGCACGCGCAGUUGGGGAGCGUCUUCCAGGAUUAUGCCGGGCACGGCAGCUGGGACAGGAGCGGCAAGAAAGAGGGCAAGCACGUGCAGCACGCCAUGGAUGCUCGCAUCCAUGGAAGCGGCGGCGGGAGAUCAUCCCCCGGGCCGCUGCCGCGCGGCCUGGCGCCCGACCACGGCAGCAUGGCGGAGGCUCAGGAGGCUCGCGGGCUUUGCGGGCUGCGAGGGGAGGCUCGCAGCUGCGAAGACGUCUGCAGGAGCGCCGCCCAGUCGGCGGCGGCGCCCGCGCUGGGCAAGCCGACCGGCUCGGGCGAGGAGGAGAGCAGGAGCCUCCGGGUGUUCGCGGGCGCCCUCGCCUCCAGCGUGCCGUUGGCGGGGUGCGCCGACGCCGGCGCCCUCGGGGCCGAGUUCUUCGCCAGGUUCCAGCCGGGGUCCUCGGGCCACGCGGGCUCCCGCUCCUGGCUGCAGAGGCCGGAGAAGACGAAGGGACGGCCGGAGCUGUCGCCGCGGCAGGCCAGCAGGAAGGUCACGUCGGUCAUCCCCACGGAGCAGUGGCUGGGCCAGGACCCGGGAUCCCGCGAGCCAUCGACGCCCUCAAAGAGGAACGACUCGAAGCGGUUUGCGGCGGCCCUCUCGGCGAGGGAGUGCCCACCGGACCGCCCAGACGACGCGUUCCUGUUCGCCUACGGCUGCCCCUCGACGCAUGAGCCGCCCCAAGGCAAGGCCAUGCCCCAGUCCGUGGGGGAGGACAGCCACCCGUUCGUGCACGCGAAUGUGUCGCGCGACGAGCCGCCGCAGUUUAUCUGCCGCAGGUCGCCAAAGCCUUCCAGCGCGUCCUUCUCCAACGCGGCU